CCUCUUUGCAUUUAUUUUCUUUUGGACUUUUCCACUCAUCAUCUCUAUUUAACCCUCUCUUUCUCCUUCUCCCUUCAUCUCUCACUUCAUUCUUACCAUUUCUUCUUCUUUUUCCUUCAUCCAUGGGUGGCAUCAGCCUCGAAGAGAUCAAGAACGAGAACGUCGAUCUGGAACGGAUUCCAAUAGAGGAAGUGUUUGAGCAGCUGAAAUGUUCAAGAGCAGGUCUAACCUCAGACGAAGGGGCCAACAGGCUCCAAGUCUUUGGACCAAACAAAUUGGAAGAGAAAAAGGAGAGCAAGGUUUUGAAGUUCUUGGGCUUUAUGUGGAACCCUUUGUCUUGGGUCAUGGAAGCUGCUGCUAUCAUGGCCAUUGCUUUGGCAAACGGAGGAGGAAGGCCACCAGAUUGGCAAGAUUUUGUGGGAAUCAUUGCUCUGCUAGUGAUAAACUCCACAAUCAGUUUUAUUGAGGAAAACAAUGCUGGAAAUGCUGCUGCUGCUCUUAUGGCUGGUUUAGCUCCCAAGACAAAGGUACUAAGGGAUGGCCGAUGGAGUGAACAAGAUGCCGCAAUUUUAGUACCAGGAGACAUAAUCAGCAUCAAGUUAGGGGAUAUCAUUCCAGCUGAUGCUCGUCUUCUUGAGGGUGAUCCUCUGAGUGUUGAUCAGUCUGCUUUGACUGGAGAAUCUCUUCCAGUGACAAAGAGUUCCUCAGAUGAAGUGUUUUCAGGAUCAACUGUUAAGAAGGGAGAGAUAGAAGCAGUUGUGAUAGCCACUGGAGUGCACACCUUUUUUGGCAAAGCAGCACAUCUAGUGGACAGCACCAAUCAAGUUGGACAUUUUCAGAAAGUACUCACAGCAAUUGGUAACUUCUGCAUUUGCUCAAUUGCUGUUGGAAUCGCCAUCGAGCUCAUAGUCAUGUACCCAAUUCAACACCGAAAGUACAGGGAUGGAAUUGACAAUCUGUUAGUGCUCUUGAUUGGAGGAAUCCCCAUUGCCAUGCCAACUGUGUUGUCUGUCACCAUGGCCAUUGGUUCUCACAGGCUUUCUCAGCAGGGUGCCAUCACAAAAAGAAUGACAGCAAUUGAGGAAAUGGCAGGGAUGGAUGUCCUGUGCAGUGACAAAACUGGGACUCUCACUUUGAAUAAGUUGAGUGUUGAUAGAAACUUGAUUGAGGUGUUUGCUAAGGGUGUUGAGAAAGAGUAUGUUAUCCUUCUAGCAGCCAGAGCUUCCAGGACUGAAAAUCAGGAUGCUAUUGAUGCUGCAAUUGUUGGCAUGCUUGCUGACCCAAAGGAGGCACGUAGUGGUAUCAGGGAGGUACAUUUCCUUCCAUUCAAUCCUGUAGACAAGAGGACUGCACUUACCUACAUUGAUUCUGAUGGAAAUUGGCAUAGAGCUAGCAAAGGGGCUCCUGAGCAGAUAAUCACCCUUUGCAACUGCAAAGAGGAUGUCAGGAAAAAGGUUCAUGCGGUGAUUGAUAAGUUUGCUGAGCGUGGACUUCGGUCUUUAGGUGUUGCGAGACAGGAAGUACCUGAAAAAUCAAAAGAUGCUGCUGGUGGACCAUGGCAAUUUGUUGGUCUGCUACCAUUGUUUGAUCCUCCCAGGCAUGACAGUGCUGAAACCAUUAGAAGAGCUCUUAACCUUGGUGUGAAUGUUAAGAUGAUUACCGGGGAUCAGCUUGCCAUUGGAAAGGAAACGGGUCGAAGGCUCGGAAUGGGAACAAACAUGUAUCCUUCAUCUGCAUUGCUUGGUCAAGACAAGGAUGCCUCUAUUUCAGCUCUUCCAGUAGAUGAGUUGAUUGAGAAGGCUGAUGGAUUUGCAGGAGUAUUUCCUGAGCACAAAUAUGAAAUUGUUAAGCGGCUGCAAGAGAGGAAGCAUAUAUGUGGAAUGACUGGUGAUGGUGUAAACGAUGCCCCUGCAUUAAAGAAAGCAGAUAUUGGAAUUGCUGUUGCUGAUGCCACAGAUGCUGCUAGAAGUGCUUCUGAUAUUGUCCUUACCGAACCUGGUCUAAGUGUCAUUAUUAGUGCAGUGCUGACCAGCAGGGCAAUUUUCCAGAGGAUGAAGAACUAUACUAUCUAUGCUGUGUCAAUCACCAUCCGUAUUGUGUUUGGUUUCUUGUUUAUUGCGUUGAUCUGGAAAUUUGACUUUGCACCCUUCAUGGUUUUGAUUAUUGCCAUACUAAAUGAUGGUACCAUUAUGACAAUAUCAAAGGAUAGAGUUAAACCAUCUCCACUUCCUGAUAGCUGGAAACUGAGGGAGAUAUUUGCUACCGGCGUUGUGCUAGGCAGCUACAUGGCUCUAAUGACAGUGAUAUUUUUCUGGGCAAUGAAAGAUACCAACUUCUUCUCGAACAAGUUUGGUGUGAGGCCACUGAGAGAGAGCCCUAAUGAAAUGAUGGCAGCCUUAUACCUACAAGUCAGUAUAAUAAGCCAGGCUCUAAUCUUUGUCACAAGGUCCCGCAGUUGGUCUUUUGUUGAAAGACCAGGUCUUCUCCUACUAGGAGCUUUUCUGAUUGCUCAGUUGGUAGCAACUUUUAUAGCAGUAUAUGCUAACUGGGGCUUUGCAAGAAUACAGGGAAUGGGAUGGGGUUGGGCUGGUGUAAUCUGGCUUUACAGUUUGGUAACCUAUAUCCCUCUUGAUUUUCUCAAAUUUGCAAUCCGCUAUAUACUAAGUGGGAAGGCUUGGGACAAUCUUUUGGAGAACAAGACUGCUUUCACCACAAAGAAAGACUAUGGAAAAGAAGAGAGGGAGGCUCAAUGGGCCGCUGCACAGAGGACACUUCAUGGUCUUCAGCCACCAGAAACUUCCAACCUUUUCAAUGAUAAGAAUAGCUACAGGGAGCUUUCAGAGAUUGCAGAACAAGCCAAGAGAAGAGCUGAAGUUGCAAGGUAA